AUGCCUAGCCUUCUUUCUAUCCUGGCCCUAGUCGGCUCGGCUCUCGCCAUCACCUCCCCCCCUUCGGGUGCCCUGACGGUCGGCUCCAACGGCACGUACAAGACGAUCCAGGAGGCGGUUGACGCGCUAGACACGUCGACGGCGACGGAGCAGAGCAUCUUCAUCUACGCGGGCACGUAUAAGGAGCAAGUCACGCUCCCUAAGCUCAAGGGCGGACUUAAGGUCUACGGCUACUCCAAGGACGACACCACCUACGCCGGCAACAAAGUCACCAUCACAGCGGGCCACAGCCAAAAGGAGGGCCUCGACGACGACGGCACGGGCACGCUCCGCGCGCAUACAGCCAACCUCGCCGUCUAUAAUCUCAACGUCGACAACUCGUUCGGGCAGGGCUCGCAGGCGAUUGCGCUAUCGGCCUACUCGGGCGGCAAGCAGGCCUACUACGGCUGCCAGUUCACAGGCUUCCAGGACACGGUCAUGGCGCAGGACGGAGUGCAGUACUACGCCAACUCGCUAAUCGAGGGCGCGACCGACUUCAUCUUCGGCCAGCACGCCGCCGCGUGGUUCGAGAACGUCGACAUCCGCGUCGCCGAGGCCAGCGUCGGCUACAUCACGGCUAACGGCCGCACCUCCGAGUUGGAUAACUCGUACUACGUCAUCAACAACAGCGACGUCGCCACCGCCGAUGGCGCCUCCGUCAAGGAGGGCGCCUACUACCUCGGCCGCCCCUGGCAGCAGUACGCCCGCGUCGUGUUCCAGAAUACUGCGCUCAGCGACGUCAUCAACUCCGAGGGCUGGCACACGUGGAACACCAAUGACGACCGCACCGACAACGUCGAGUUCGCUGAGUUUAAGAACACUGGCAAGGGUGCGAGCACCUCUGGCCGCAAGUUCGCUAAGCAGCUGACCGCCGCCGUGUCCAUGGAGACAGUUCUGGGCGAUGACUACACCAGCUGGGUCGACAAGAACUUCUUGUAA